UCCCACAUGUUCAAGUGCAGUAAGCAUCAUUUCCUUAUACAACAUCAAAGAUGAGCUGAGCUGGCAGUCGAAGUUAAACUAAAGAAAGCAUGAGGGAAGAAAGCAGAUGGUUAGAAUGACAGCCUGAUGGUUAGAGGUUCAAAGAGGUAAAAAGAGAAGACAAACAAAGCAGAAAACAGACGGAAGACAAAGCCAGAGUUGGUGAAGCUCGACAACCAUGAGCCGCAACUUUCUCUGUGCUUUUCUCACCCUCGCCUUCUUGGAAUCAGGCAAAUCAAACAGUGAUGUGUCUAUCAGUCACCGCUUUACCGGUGAUAGCCAGAACAUUACUUGUGUCCUCUUGGGAGACGAAAACAUGACACAGAUCAACUGGGAAAUACUUCAUGGCCCAAACCACACUAAACUGGGCACGUAUCAUCCUCAUUUCGGCAUACAUAUUAUGCAUAAUUAUAAGACUAAAGUGGAGAUCAAGGGCAGACAAUCUCCACGUCCGUCAUCAUCAUCCCUUCUCAUUAAAAUAGCAUCAAACGAGAGCGUGCAAAUCUGUUGCGCGUUCAUAACAUUUCCCUCAGGUAAACUGGAGCAGUGUGUGGAUAUCAGUAAGAAAGAUGCCAGUAUCGACACAUCUAAAAAAGAGUAUACUUACAUGCAAUCAGAACGAAAGCUGGGAUUAUUUGGACUUUUGGGCGCAAUGAUUACCGGAACUAUUCUUUGCCUUUUCAUCCUGAUCCUCCUGAUCUACUUAUGGAGAAAAUGCAAUUGUAGAAGGAUAAAGUCCUUUGAAAUACGAACAUACAUGACAGACUCGCCGGCUGAGGGCGAACAAUCUGUUGAUGCAGCGACUGCUCAAAGUUCUCCAACUGGUUUUGAUCCCUCAAAACUUUAUGCCAAGAUCAGAAAAGACCUUUUCUAUGGCCGCUUGUGGAAGUCUUAUCAAGGGCAGCCUAAACCAUAGACUCAAGGUGCCGUGACUGAUCACGGACCUGUUUUUUCAUCAAGGACUCUAAGUAUAAUAGCACAAAGAGGAUUGCAAUGUAUUAUUCAAUUCAAUUCAGCAUUUUGUUCACAAUAAUUAAUGUUUCAAACCAACUUCACAAAAGGUGCAUAUUACUGCAUUUCAAUCAAAUUGGGAAAAAUUAAGUGCAUUGGUUACCAUAAAUAUUAGUUACUAAUAACUUAUCAACUAGUAACUAAUAGCUUUAUACUAGUAACUAACAGCUUUAAAUAGUAUAAUAAAUGCAUUAUACUGUAUAUAAACAUAUAACCUGCAGUUAUAAAACAUAUACUGUAGAUGAUGUUCAUGUGUACAUGUACAGAAGUGUAGUUGUGUAUUAUAUUAAGGCAAUGAUUAAAUGUAUGGAUAUUUUAACUUUUAAGAUUAAUAAAUAUAAAUCGAACACAAAAUAAAUUUAUAAUAAACUUAUAUAACCCA